AUGAAGUUGGCUUUGGUAUUGUGCGUUACCGUAGCGGUUGUUGCGGUUGUUGGUGGCCAUAGAGGACUAGACAGCCGAGUACGUCGUGGUGCUGAUGACGAUGAUGUACCUCAUUCUAUCAACUUCUUGAGAGCUUGACGUGGUGCUGGUGACAUAUCAGUGCAUGUCAAUCACGAUGAUGUUAUCAACAAGAUAUUCCUUAUCUUUAAUGAAGCCGGAUUUGGGCUCUAGUACCAAAAAGUGUACGAUUUGCUGGUGGCCAAUCAUAAAAACGUAAGGUAUUCCAGAAGUGCAGCUAUAACGGGAUCUGCUUUAGUUUGGAAACAGGAUUUCGUACCAAGAAGGCUGGGCUGGUAAUUUGAGCUAGAGGGACUAAAAAUCUUACAUGGAAAAUGUUCUACCUGCCUGCCUGUAAGAUCGUUAAUUGUUUUUACUGAGUAGGGUAGAUCCGAGCAAGGAAGGACACGGUUAGGCUUAGCACGGUAGAGUUGAGCGCGGUGGGGCAGGGUAGCGUAAGGCAGAACAAGCUAGAACAAUGAAAGAUAAGAUAGGUUAAGAGAUAGAGUAAGACAAAGCACGGUGCACAGCAUAGUGUAAACGGCUCAUAAUUGAGCUGAAAACCGUCUCCGGCGAAGCAAGUGACGGUAGUACGAUAAAGCAACGUGGAGUAAGGCAGAUAAUGGCAAAGCAAAGUAGAGAGUAAGAUAAGGGAAAGGUAGCUUACGUUAGAACAGAAUACAAUACGGUAAGACACAGUACAGAACAGAAGGAGUACUAUAGGACAGGGUAGGGUACGGUACGGUAGGGUACGGUAGGGUACGGUAGGGUACGGAAGGGUACGGUAGGGUACGGUAGGGUCGGGUAGGGUAGGGUAGGGUAGGAUAGGGUAGGGUAGAGUAGGGUAAGGUAGGGUAGGGUAGGGUAGGGUAGGGUAGGGUAGGGUAGGGUAGGGUAGGGUAGGGUAGGGUAGGGUAGAACUGCUUAUACUAAAUUCUAAAUUUUAGGUAGAAGACCUUGUCAAAAAGUACAAUUUGGAUGUUAUUCCUCAACGCCUUAAUAACUUUGAAAGGGAUAUUAUUGGUUAUGAUGAAGGAAAUCCAAGAGGAAAGCAACUUGACAAAGCGGUAGCUGAAGCAGAAUACAUUUAUGACCGUCUGAUUGCCGUUGUUACUUCAAUCAAUGAUCUUGUUUCCGUAGAUAAUGUUAUGGAUUUGCUUCGCUUGGCUCAAGUGGUAUGAAUUUAAAUUUAAUUUUAAAUUUCUGAAAAGAAAGUUUGUCGUCAAUUUACGCUUACUAUACUCUACCGUACUCUAUCCUACUUUACGGAACAUAACUUACCGUAUCUUGUCUUACCGUAAUUCUACCAUGUCUUACCGUACCGUGCCAUAUCGUGCCAUACCCUACCCUACCCUACCCUACCCUAACCUACUCUACCCUACCCUACCCUACCCUAUCCUACCCUACCCUACCCUACCCUACCCUAUCCUACUUUAUUAUACUCUUAACUUAUCAAAAACUACCGACCGUAUUAUACCGUUCAUCUACCGUAUUCCCUCCUUACAUUAUGCUGCUCUAUUCUACCUUGUCUUGCCCUGCUGUAACUUAUCUUACCCAAUCCUACACGACCCUAUGUUGUCAUCCUCUUUCUUACCCUAUCCUCCUUCAUUUCCUAUCACGUAUUUUAAUUAAAUUUCAAAAAAUUUCAAAUUUCAGAACCACGUCACCAAUCGCAUUCGUGAAUCACUUGCUUCGGGCAAUGGCGAUAUGCAACAAUUAGUCAACGCAAUUUCUUGCGCAUACAAAUGGCAACCUCAUGGCCCAGCUAAGUAUAGCGUAGGUGCAGCUCUCGAUGUGCUGUACAGCCGCAAUGUUAAUUCACACGAACUUAGAAACCUUAUUCUCGGCCUGUGCCCAAUUAUCGAGAUAAAGGACGAAAAUUAA